UUUGAUUUACUCAUGGAUCCCAAGCGCAUUAAAUUGUGUUCACUAGAAACUGACAGUACUGACCGUAAAAUGGACAUCCUUCAACCGAGCGAAGUUGGAAUCAGUAAGUUCGUGCAGCCAUUAGUCAAAGGUUUCGAUGCAACUUUGAAGAAUAGAUGGGAAGACUUCAUUGUCCGUGAAUUCAGAGGUCAAAAUUAUGCAAAGCUUACUAACUUAGCACCAAUCCCGGAUCCCGCUCCUGAAGUUACUGACUUUAAUAUGAAAGAAAAACUUGACGUUCAUAUGUCUGAACUUGAAAGGUUGAGUCAUGGUGAUACUGAAGUGUUAAAAAUUAAAGCCCCAGAUGAUAAAACAGAAAGAACACAGAUUCACCAAGCAAUACGUGCAUUGUUUCCAUCACUUGAAAGCACAACAUUAAAAGAAGGCAGUGAAAAUAUCAUUGUUGUACAUCGAAAAAACCACCCUGAAGUCAAGGGUUCACGAUCAAGAGAAAGAACCAAUGGUAUGACUAAAAGUACACCAUAUUGCCAUUUUGUACUUUACAAGGAGGGUAAAGAUACGCUUAGUGCUAUCCAAGUUCUCAGUCGUUUCCUUCAUGUUGGACCCAGUAUAUUUUCAUUUGCUGGCACCAAAGAUCGUCGAGCAAUUACCACACAAUUUGUUACAGCGAAAGGUAUCAAUUCGAAAACACUAUCAUUACUGAAUAAUCGGCUCCAUGGUCUACGUCUAGGCAAUUUUUCAUACGUUUCUUCUCCUCUGUUCCUCGGAGAUUUAGACGGAAAUCAGUUUGUAGUUGUGCUAAGAUCAGUGUGUGCACCAAGAUCUGUCGUUGAGAUAGCAGUUGAGACUUGGAAGAGUACUGGUUUUAUAAACUACUAUGGUCUUCAAAGAUUUGGGCAUUCUUCUAAAUCCAAAAGUUUCGAAGUUGGAAAAUUUCUUAUUCGCUCAAAAUGGGCAGACGCUAUUGACCUUAUUUUAAAGCCAACUUAUGCAGACUUACCUUUUCUUAGAAAAGUUAAAGAGAAAUUUUUACAAUCCGGUGAUGCAAAAGGUUGUGCUGAUGAAUGUCCAGUGGGUAUAGAAAAAACUUUGCUGUUGGGUAUUGCUAAAUAUGGCAAAACCUUGAAUGCCAUACAAAUGCUUCCUCGAAGUCUUCGUCAACUCUAUGUACAUAGUUAUCAAUCUUUCUUAUGGAACCAUGUGGCAAGUCUACGUAUGGCACAACAGAAUCCUGAUGACUUUUUUGCUAAACCUGGUGAUCUCUAUUAUAAUGAUGAGAAUGUGACAAUUUCGGAUAAUUGUGAUGAUGAUAUUAACUUUGACGAUUCAGCGUUAGAGGCGAAUGAUUCUUCAAUAUCCUCAACAAAUUCUCCCCCAUCUAAAUUAUCAUUCAUUCAUCCACUUGUAGUUGGAGAAGAUGAAAUCAAGAAAAUCCCAUUAAAGUCGGUUGUGCUUCCGGUUCCUGGUUACGCUGUACAUUAUCCUAAAAAUCAAUGUACUGAUUGGUAUAUUGAAUUAUUAAAAGAAGAUUGCUUGACAAUCAAAGAUUUCAGUCAUUCAGUUAAAGACUUUGCACUCCCUGGUUCUUAUCGGAGAUUAAUUGUUGUUCCGGGAAAUGUAAAAUAUGAAUUUCAUGAAUAUUCGAAUCCCGAUAUAUCUCUGGUAAAAUCUGAUCUUCAGUUACUAGAUGGUCAGAUUACAAGUAGUAGUAGUUCGACUCCUACUUCACAAAAUGAAACACAAAACAAUGUAUGCCCAGAUCAAGAUGAAAAGAAACACCAGGCUGUCGUGUUAACGUUCAAUUUACCGAAAUCCAGUUACGCUACAAUGGCAAUACGUGAAAUAACGAAAACUGUUGUAGAAAAGAAAUAAGAAUCAUUUCCGAAACCUGGUUUUCUAGACCAUAUCAUGUAAAAUUGUGUAUACUUUGUCCUGUUUUUAAAAGAUAUAAAUCAUCACAAUCUAAGUAUAUUUCGCAAAGAGAACAA